UGACUAAUUUGUUAAACAUUUAAAUGCACUUCAUAUAUGCAAAACAUAAUGACAGUUGUGUAAUUUACAUCUGCAUCCCUCCCAACCGCUGAAUAGUUACAGUUACAGUUGCUUCGAUACAACGUUAAAUGAGUGUGCAACCCUGGUUCAGUCGGCGGACGCCGCUUUUUGUUGUGCAGCCCUGCGUUUUUGACCCCUUAAGCUUAAAGUCGAAAAAUGUUGAACUUCCAUCCAAGAAAGCGUAGAAAUCCACUUACUCUUCCAUCGCAACCGCGUACAAAUGGACUUAGGAGUUUCCGCAAUCGCCAUCUUGCCGUAUUGCCAUUGGAGUCUGAGCACCAUGCAGAUGCAGAUGAUCGUGAAAUGUCAUCCAACGAAACAGUUGUUGACUUUGAGCCCCAGCCAAAUAGGCUAACAGCUCGAAGGAUUGCUCGAAGCGCAUCAAAUUCCUCAAAUCGAGGAAUCGUUGGCUUUAGUGUGCGUAGACGGCCAAAUAACGCAACGUCUCCACAGGAAAGGGAGACACGUGAGAGAGACACAUCACAACGCCGUACCGGAGGCCAGCGAUCCCGGGGUGGACGUCUCGUACAGGAAAAUCAGACUGUUCGUCGUUUACACCGGCAUCGUAUACGCUUCUCGUUUUCUCACAUUGGCAUUGUUUUUGCGGUCAUUCAACAUCAUCAGCGAAGUGUGCAGCAAUCACCUCUUACUCCUGAGGCCAAUCAACAACUCGGGCCGGAGCCUGAACCUAGUGCGAAUCCACCAGAUCCUGAUGCCAUUUUAGAUGAGUGAAAAUUCUUUUUUAAAAUAUA